AUGCGAAGAAGACCGUGCAUUUUCUUUCAGAAGGGUUCUUGUCGCAAUGGCGAGAAUUGUCACUUUGCUCAUGCCAUCCUGGCAAGUCAACCGCCCGCAAACCCCUCCGCCGCCUCAACCGAAUCCCCGGCGCCUGACCUACGCUCGCUGGCGACAUGCAUGUUCUUCCUCCGCGGCACAUGCGCGAAAGGAGGAGAAUGUCCCUACGACCAUCCCACGACAGCUGAGCCAGGACAGCCUCAAGUACGUACCUAUAGCCUCAAGACUUUGAGGGAGGAAACGUGGGGAAAGUAGCGGUCCUGAUGCUGACCAUGCUCUAGCCCGACAGCGACGACGACAACUUUCGGCGUGUCAUACAUGGCGCUCUUGUCCAAUUCGAAGACGGUGGCGCCGUGUCUGAUGUCUCCAUUCCUUCCGAACUUUCGACUGCUCGAGUGCAAGGUCUCUCAAGCACCAGCAGCACCAACUCUAUUUGCACGUUGCUUUCUGGACUUGACUUUGACAUUCCGCAAAGCGCCGUUCGCCUUGGUCUCCAGUCGGACACUGCCAGUGCCAACAUCACAGUGGAAGACAAAAGUUUUGCGAGAAGGCUCUGCAAGGCCAUCAAAUCCAGUGACUUGCCCGAACACGCCCGGCUCACUGUUGCUGUUGUACCUCCGCAACUUCCGAACUGGGUGACCGCACGGACUUCUAGUUGCGAAAAGGCUGUGGUGCAAUGGCCAAACAGGAUGCAAAUGGUCGAGCUGCACUACGAGGAGGAUUCCUAUGAUGCUUUCAGAGUUUUCACAGCUUUCGAAACCGGAGCAUACAAGAUUCGCGACCAAUCUGUCAAAGCAGAUUUUAGGGUUAGUGCGAACAUGGUAGUGCUGGAAGAUGUCCCGUAUGGCAUUACGGAAGAUGACGUGAAGAAUGCCAUUCUGGCAAGUCACGAUUUACCAGAAAGCAUCCAUAUGUCUGAAGCCGACCAAGAAGAGGAUAUACCAGCCGUUCCGGCGCUUAUAGAAUCCUUGUUGAGUGGCAUUGGCCCACUUAACUUCACGGUGGUUUCCUCGCCAUACCGCAAGCGUGGCAAAGCGAUCGCACGUUUCUUCGACGAAACCGACGCUUGGAAAGCAGUGAGCAAGCUCCAUGGCAGAAAGUGCGACUUCAUCGAUGGGAGACGCCUCUCACUAAGGCUUGUGGCCUCUUUCAAGUCCCGACUCCCCAUGGCCGUAUACGAAGCAAUCGAGGAUCAGCUGGCUGCACUGGUACCUCUGUGGACCGAUCAACGUCUGACAUACAAAGUCUACCCUGAUCCCACUGGUAGCAAGCGCUUCGUCACGCUGAAGCUCGAGGGUCUUUCCAUGUCUCACGUUGCCGAAGGCGCCAAUGCUAUCGAGAAGAUGGGAAGCGGGAGAGUCGUCGAAGCUGAUGAAAAGCCUUUUUGGUAAGUAAAAGAUCUCUGCUGUGCUCUUAUACUUUAGUGUACUAAUGGACACAUAGGGUUACGACUCUCGCUGGUGAUAAUGCUACUUCCGCCCGUCUGGAGCGAAUCGCGAAGGAACAUGGCGUACUAGUCAUCUGCCACAAGCCAAAGCGGCAACUCCAGUAUUUCGGGCCACCAGAAAACUAUCGCGAGCUAUGUGAUGCCGUCGUGCACAGUCUUCAAGGCGAAGACACACUCACGAACGUCUUCAACCUGAACGCAGACCAAUUCAGUUGGGCGUGUCGAGGCGGAUUCAGUCAAUUCGCGGAAGUUCUCGGGUUCGAUACCUUGUCACUUGACGUGGUCUCACAGCCCAAGAAGAUUACAUUUGCAGGCUCGCGAAGCAAGUACGGGGAAAUCCUCCGCCUCCUCGAAGCAGAAGAUAUCAAGCUAGAAGAAGCUACGCUUGGGGUCCCUGAGUCUCGCGACUGCGCCAUCUGUUUGACGCCUGCAGAAGACCCUGUUGUGCUCCCUUGCGGGCACCAUUACUGCAGGUCCGAGUGCUUUGAAGGCCUUUGUAUCUCUACAGACGCAAGCACUACCAACUUAGGCGUCAUCUGCAACGGCGACCAGGACAAGUGCAACACUGCAGUUCCCCUGGCGAUGAUCAAAGCACAUUGCUCAAAAUUUGUCUUCGAGGACUUUCUGACGUCUUCAUUUGGUGGUAAGUGA